AUGGUAUCUGGAUACAGCAUACAUGAACAAGUUGCACCUCUCGAUGAUGCAUUGUACGUUCCAUCACGUGUGCAAAAUUUUCGUGCUCGAUAUGAUCAUCUAACGGAUGCAAUUUACAUUCAAUGGUCAUAUCCAGAACAGAUACAAAAUGAAGUACAACCGCAAUUUCGGAUUCGUUACCGAAUUACCAAUCGUCCUGAUGGUUCUUCUGAUUGGAAGUACUCACAAGUUGGAACAGAAUUAGAAGCAAGAUUGGAUUUAGAUGAUGUGCGAAAUGGUGAUGAACUUCAAGCACAGGUUCGUGCUGAACGUUCUGACGGAACAGUUUUAGAAGAUUGGUCACAAUCUUUACUUAUCUCGAUAUCCAAAACUGUUCUCAUUGACGGUAUUCCGGCAGCUGAUGAUGAUUUGUUGCCACCGCUUGAUUUUCAAGCUCAUAUAUUAAGUACGUCAAUGGUACGCCUGGAAUGGAAUCCACCUUUCAGAAGUUUUUCAAGAGCUCCAGUAAGUCAUUACUACAUUGUAAAUGUGAAGCAGUUAACAUCCGCUGACAGAACACCAUUGCUUCGACAACAGGUUAAAGUUCAGGCGAAUAGUUUCACAUUGGACAACUUAAAACCAGGUCAGCGAUAUGAAUUGACAAUACGGACUGCAACAAGUCCGGAACGUGUUUCCACUGUCGCAGCAAUUGUGGAAAUCACAAUGCCAAGAGAAGAUGAGUAUUUCGAAGUGGGUAAUCUGAUCAUUAGUUCACAUUUCAAAGCACCAGAUCAAGGUACCGUUAAUUUGACCUGGGAAAUACCGGAAAAGAUGCAGAAUCAAGUCAAAGCUUAUGAACUGCAAUACUCAGAAGCUGGUGCGGAGGAUUGGCAUCAGUUGCGGUUCAACGGUUCACAUCCGUCUGCAAGCUUAACCACCUUGAAAAGUGAUACGGAAUAUUUGUUGAAAAUUCGAACACAUCUUGCCAAUAAUUUAACAACUGAAAGUGGGCAGUUUAAAUUUCAGACACCAGCUGUUAUAAAAAAUCCAAUCAAAAAAGUGGAUGUAAUUUAUACGCAUGAACUUGAUGGUGUACGAUUGCAAUGGACAUUGGAAAAUUUUUUGCCCACAAACAUUGUUGAUGGCUACGAUGUUUAUCUCUCCGAUAACCCAGAUCUUCCGGAUGCUGAAUGGUCAUAUUAUCCAAUAAGUGGAAGGUCUGAAUUGUCAAAUGAUGCUUCUGUAAGUGAGAGUAAUUCACUCAUACUUCGUAAUUUACAACCUGGUCAUGUAUAUUAUGUGCGGAUAAAUAUUCGUAAGAAGGAUGGUGAAAUAUUACGAGCGCCAACCAUUUAUCGAUUUCGAACAAUGGAACGUGCUGAAUUUCGUGAACAUCGUGAAGGAAGCGCAUUAUCAUAUCGAUUGUUAUCACCUGGACGUGUUCAAAUUACAUGGACAUAUCCUAAUUCUAUUUUACCCUCCAUUACAGGUUCUUCAAUUAUGUAUGCAGAAAGUAAUAAUUCACCGACAAAGCAAUGGGAACGUAUCAAUUUAGUCGAUCCACGACAGAAUUCUGUUGUGCUUGAACAAUUGAAGCCGAAUUCACGCUACUUGAUCCGUAUUUUGCCGCAAAUUAACAAUGCCUUUUACAAUAGCAAUAUUAUUGAUGCGUUUGAAAUUAGAACUGGAAUGGGAAAUCAUAUGCAACCAUCUCGUGUUGACAGUACUCAUUCACAAAUGUUGCCGGAACAAACAAGUAUGACAAAAUUGGAAAAUGGAAAGUUGACAUUGAAUGCAUGCAAUCCAGAUUCCACUAAGAACGAAUGUUUAUGGGAUGAACAUUGUGUACCAAUAACUGAAGGUCGCUUCCGUGGCUUGUGUAUUCCGAAAUCAUUGCGUAACGCGAUCAUCAGUAAUUGAAAAGUUUCUAUUUCUUUUAAUUCAGAUCUAAACUUCACUCAUUGAUCUAUUUUCUGUAACUUGUUUGAUGCAAUCUUAUUCUUCAGUGUCAUUCAGAAACCGGUUUCUGUCAAGAUUGGUUUGAUAACUCAUAACUGGUGUCACUCUUUUUUGUUUUGUUCAUCAAAUCUUUUGAGUUCAAAAUUCC